UAGUAAAAUUACCUAUCAAUCAGAAUAUUUUUAGUCGGUACUCAGAAAUAAGAUUGUAAUGUGCAUUCAGUUUGUGCUUUGCGAUUCAUAAAAUAAAAAGUUAUCUAUAUUGGCUGGAAACGUGAGUCGAAUCGAAUUAAAUUGAUGAAUUGGACACGGUGUCGAGUAACGUUUUCGUGCUUAGUGGCCUCGGACACUCGGCACAUUCUACACAUUACUGGACUAUUUGUGUUCAUAAAUUGGAUUUCGUCAGUGACAAUAUGAAAGGAACAGUGCCCUUAUUGUUUAGUUUUUUGUUCGCUACAGUAAUCGGCCUAGACGAGAAACAUGUUAUUAGAGAAAAAGCAAAUUUACUCGCGAGAGAAGUGGACAUGAUGGUAGGGAGUGAUAUUACUUUGACAGACAAUGAAGAGAAAGCCAAUGCUAUUGUGAUGGAUAUGAAAAUGAAAGAUGUUGACGACGGAUUUAAUUAUCCACAGUUCUUUAACCUGUCUAAACACUUCUUUAAAUACAAAGAUGAUGUGAAAGAAUCUCCCAUGUUUCAAGUCAUAAAGAGUAUGCCUAAAGGAGCAGUACUGCAUGCACACGACACAGGAUUACUGAGCCCCGACUAUGUGGUGAACAUUACAUAUUCUGAUGAUCUUUAUGUUUGUUUUGUAGAUGAAGAUAUAAGUUUUCUCUUCUCUGAAAAUGAACCUGAACAGCCCUGCGAAACCCAGUGGCUUCUAAUGAGAGAUGCGAGAUACUCAUCUGGUAAUGUUGAAAAGUUUGAUGCACACCUUCGUAAGCAUUUCACUGUCGUCGUAGAUAAUCCAUCCGAAGUGUACCCUGAUGUCAACGCUGCCUGGAAUAAGUUUGGAAAUUAUUUUGUAAAAACAAGCGGUCUGUUUGGUUAUAAGCCUAUUUGGGAAAUGUAUUUCUACGACACCCUGAAAGCAUUUAGAGAAGAUAACAUAAUGUACAUUGAAAUAAGAAGUGUCUUACCACCAUUAUAUGAUUUAAAAGGUAACACCUACGAUGCAGUGCAAACAGCGAAAUCAUACAAAAAAAUGCUAGAUCGAUUCAUUCUUGACUAUCCAGACUUUUUCGGAGCAAGACUCAUCUAUGCACCUAUAAGACUCGUUUCAGCUAGUACCGUCGAAGAAUAUCUAGAAACAGCUAAAAGAAUUAAGGCAGAAUUACCGGAUUUCUUUGCUGGCUUUGAUUUGGUUGGCCAAGAGGAUCUUGGAGUGCCCCUUAAAGAGUUCGUUCCUCAACUAUCUGCUGGAGCCGAUGAAUUAGACUACUUCUUCCACGCAGGUGAAACCAACUGGUUUGGCACUACCACUGAUGACAACCUAUUUGAUGCUAUAGCUCUUGGCACUAAGAGAAUAGGGCAUGCAUUUGCUCUGGCUAAACACCCGGUGCUCCUACAAGAGGUGAAGAGGAGAAAUAUCGGUUUAGAGAUAAACGUUAUAUCGAAUAACGUUUUGAAGCUUGUGGAUGAUAUCAGGAAUCAUCCGUUGGCCUCAUUCCUGGCUCAAGGACUGCCUGUGGUUAUUUCAAGCGACGACCCAGGAGUGUGGGAGGCGGAUCCUCUGUCCCAUGACUUCUAUGUUGCAUUCGUAGGAGUGUCUAGUCGUAAUGCUGAUCUCAGGUUGCUGAAGAAACUAGCUCUCAACUCGUUGUAUUACAGCACAGCGCCUUACAAAGACAAGAUGAUCUAUGAGUUUGAAAAACGAUGGAGUAGGUUCAUUGACGGUUUAGUUAGGCGCGAUAACGAAGGUGAAUUGUGAAAUCUGUGAAACUGUUAUAUGCACCGAAGCAUAACGUUUUGUAACAAGAAUUCAGGAGCCAUAGGUCUAAAAUUAAAAAGUACCUACAAAUGUUUUUUUAUACAUUGUAAUAUAUUUUCUUAUGUAGUACUUAUUUAUUAGUUCACAUUGUUAACUGCAAAUAAAUUUGUGUACUUAAAAGAAGAA